UGUCGCUAGCAAACAGCAGAGAAAAGCCGCUGUUUGCUUACCAUCUAACAGCUCUACUGACGUGUUUUUCACACUGACAGAAGUGGACGACUAAAGGGGCUUGGACAAAAACGUACUGUUCAAGGAACAGUCAGUAAACAGGCGGUGUUUAUUUAUGACGUUGUUCUGACUGCUAAUGUGUCUGAUUCAGGGACAGAAGCAGUCCUGAGGAUGAAGACAUAAAGCCAACGGAUGGACCCUCAGAGAAGGAGCUCUGAAGAUGACGAUGCAGGUGAGCGAGGCCUCCUCCACACCUGGAAGGGCUACUCUUACAGCAUCACCCCGGAGAGGCUGCUGCUCCCUCGGCCGGUGCUCCAGGCCGCUCUGGGAGCGCAGCAUGGAGUUCUGCUGGUGGAGGGUGGACAGGUGUACAGUUUCGGGGAGUUACCAUGGAAACAGAGUCCAGCAUUGGAGGCGAUGAAUCCGACUCUAGAGAACACGCUCAGUGGGCAGCGGGUGGUCGCCGUGGCAGCAGGGAGCUUCCACAGCGGGGCGGUGACGGAGGACGGCGGAGUCCACAUGUGGGGGGACAACAGAGCUGGACAGUGUGGCCUGUCGGGUCUCAGCUCCGUCCCCAACCCGACACCGGUGGCCCUGGUGGAAGCUGGCGGUGCAGAAACGGUGCCGAUUCUGGAGCUGGCCUGUGGGGAGGAGCACAGCCUGGCGCUGUCGGUCCAGAGGGAGGUGUGGGCGUGGGGCAGCGGGUGUCAGCUGGGUCUGAACGCCCCUGCCUUUCCUGUCUGGAAACCCCAGAAAGUGGAGCAGCUGGUGGGGAGGUGCGUGUUGCAGGUGGCCUGCGGGGCAUCACACAGCCUGGCUCUGGUCCGUUGUCCAGGUCUGCAGGACGUCCAGCGUCCCCCCGUGGACAAAUGUAACCAGUGUAACCAGCUGCUGUACACCAUGAUGGACAAGGAGGACCACGUCAUCAUCUCUGACAGCCACUUCUGUCCUCUGAGGGGGGACACCACUGAGGGGGAGGCCAGGCUUGAGGCCACUGCUCCCACCCAGGGUCUCAAAUCCUCCCCAUCUGAGCCGGUCCUCCCCUCCUACAGCGCCUCCUCCCAUAUCCCAGCAGCCCCUGCAACUGAAGGACACACAGACCCGGCCUCUGACCUCAACGGUGCUCUGAACCCAGAGGAAUCAGAAACACGACUAACUAACGGUCUGCAGCCAGGCUCGGAUGCAGCUCAGUCUAAAGCUGCUGCCGCCGCCAAAGGGUCGCCGUAUCCCGAUGAGCAGGCGGUGAAGGAAUACCUGAGGAAGCUGUCGGACUGCUCACAAGUAGAGUCAAAGACGCCAUCUUCUGGAGGUCGUAGCUCCUCCACCCUCAACAGCCUGGUGGCCUCUUGCGCCUCAGCAGUGGGCGAGCGCGUCGCCUCCACCUACGAGGCUUUGUCCCUUAAAAAGGUGAUGAACUUUUACCUGCCGUCGCGGUCCGAGGCACUAAGCGGAGUCGGGGAGAACACCGCGGAGCGAGUCCGCCGGGAGGAGUCGGUCCAGGCCAAAAAGAGCUCCAGCACGGGGGACAUCCACGAGGAGGAGGCGGAGGGUUUGAGGCGCCGCCUGUCGCUGCCAGGACUCCUCUCUCAGGGUAGAUACGCUGUUCACGUCUUAUCCUCCUCCUAUGGCCUUCUGCUGUCGCCGCGGCUCCUGAGGAAGGCCGCUCGUCCCCGGAUGCGCGCCUUGGCCCUCACCCCGAUGGGAGGAGGCGUUCCCGAGGACCAGGAGGUGCUGCCGUCCCUGCAGACGGAGGUGUGGAGCUGGGGGCGUAGCGAGCACGGCCAGCUGGGACACGGCGACACCUUGGCCAGGCUACAGCCACUCUGCAUCAAGAGUCUGAACAAUAAGGAGGUGGUCCGGGUGGUGGCGGGGGCUCAGCACUCCCUCGCUCUGACGGCUCAGUCUCAGGUGUUCUCGUGGGGCAGCAACAGCUCCGGUCAGCUCGGUCACAUGGAGUCCCCUAGCUCCGUCCCCCGACUCGCUAAGCUCUCUGAAGGCAUCCGGGUUUGGGAUGCAAGCGCCGGAGAGAGACACACCCUCCUGCUGGCAGACGGAGACUGCAUCCAGCCUAUUAUUUACUACAGCGGGCAGCAGGUGAAGGAGGGCGAGGACGAGGAGGCGGUUCAGGAGGGAGAGGAGGAGAAUCGGGUCGGGAGCUACACCCAGCAGCCCGUUCUGCUACCUUUCUGUAUGAACCUCGGUUAUGUGAGCAGCGUGAUUGCCGGCGGUCGGCGGUGCGUGGCGCUCUCCGACAGGAACGUGAUGGGCUUCAUCGCCAGCCUCCACGAGCUGGCUUCAGCUGAGAGGAAGUUCUACUGCAGGCUGUGCAGCAUCAAGUCUCGGGUCAUACGCCCCCUGCUGGAGCUGGAGUCUCUGAGCUCGACGCUUGGCCAAGGGACCCUAGAGCUCCUGCAGACACUGGCGGGCCGGUUCAGCGUCCUGUGUCACCUGACCGGUCAGCACGCGGUCAGUCUCACCAGCAAUCUGCGCCGAGGCCGGGACGUCAGCGGCCUCCUGAUGCUUGACCACGUGGGCAUCUUCCUCAGCUCCUACAGCGAUUACUGCAGUGCUGUCGGCAACUUCCACGUGGUGGGAGGCUUCCAGGCUCUGAUUAAACCGUCGCUAGACGUCUUUGGGAAAAUCCCAGAGCCGCUGCAGAGGCUGUCUGAGAGCAGCGAGGAGAACCUGGCUGUGCCUGACCUCCUGGUGGCGCUCUUCUACCUCCCAAACCUCCAUCUGCAUGAAUACGGCCGGCUGCUGCUCAAGCUGGCCACCUGCUUUGAAGUGUCUUCCAACGAUUAUCAGAAGCUGCAGGACGGCUGCUCCAAGUUUGAAGCUUUGACCCUGCAGCUGAAGAGGAAAAGAAAGGAGGCGGAGUACACAUCCCACUUCUGGAAGAGCUUUCCAGGGAAAAUGACGGAUUCGCUGAGGAAGCCCCACCGCCGACUCAUCUACGAGAGCAGCAACAAAUCUCUGACCCUGCAGAACGCCGGCAGGUUCUCUGUCAACUGGUUCAUCCUGUUCAACGACUCUCUGAUCCACGCACAGGGCGUGGCGCCCCAUAAAAAUCCUUUUUCCACCCAUCACAUCUUCCCCUUGGCCACGCUGUGGGUGGAGCCGACGCCGGAGGACGACGCCGGACUACACGGGCUAAAGGUGAUCACGCCUGAGGAGACGUUCACCCUGCUUGCUUCGUCUGCCACAGAGAAGUCCAAGUGGCUUCGUGCCAUCAACCAAGCCGUGGAUCAGGCUCUGAGCGGGGCAGGGCAGGACGUGGGUGGGGCGGGUCAGGUGUCAGAGCCGCCGAUCUCCAGAACGGCUUCUUACACCUUUUAUAAAGAAGGUCGGCUGAAGGAGGCGACGUACGAAGGGCGCUGGGUCGCUGGGAAGCCCCACGGCAGAGGAGUGUUAAAAUGGACCGAUGGGAGAGUUUACACCGGCUCCUUUAACAACGGACUAGAAGAUGGCUUGGGGGAGUUUGUAGCUCCUAAUAAAACGCUGAACAAGAACGACCACUAUCAGGGUUACUGGAAGGACGGCAAGAUGCAUGGCCUGGGCUCCUACAGGUACGCUAGCGGGGAAGUGUACGACGGCUGCUUCCAGGACGGCAUGCGGCACGGACACGGCAUGCUGCGGAGCGGGAAGCUCAACACGUCCUCCCCCAGCGUCUUCAUCGGCCAGUGGCUGCAGGACAAGAAGACCGGCUACGGUGUCUUUGACGACAUCACAAAAGGAGAGAAGUACAUGGGGAUGUGGCAGGACCACCAGCGCCAGGGCAUCGGCGUCGUCGUCACGCAGUUUGGGCUUUACUAUGAGGGAGCCUUCAAAGACAACAAGAUGAUGGGGACGGGGAUCCUUCUGUCAGAGGACGACACCACCUAUGAGGGGGAGUUCUCAGACGAUUGGACCCUCAGUGGGAAGGGUGUCCUGACCAUGGCCAACGGCGACUACCUGGAGGGCUCCUUCAGCGGCGAGUGGGGAUCCGGCCUUAAAGUGACAGGCUCCUAUUUUAAACCUCACCUGUUCGACUCGGACAAGGACAAAAACCGAGCCGUGAAGCUGGGCCGUCUGUGCGUGUCUGCGGAGGAGAAAUGGCGUGCUGUGUUUGAGGAGUGCUGGACUCAUCUGGGCUGCGAGGCACCGGGUCGAGGGGAGCACCGGACGGCCUGGGAGCGCAUCGCUGAGGCGCUCACCACCAACCGGCAGCACCUGCUGGACAGGUACAACCCUCGGAGUCAGGCAAACCUGACAUUUAAUAAAAAUGUCUGGAAUAACGCGAGUUUGUUGUGUCUCAGUCCAGAAACGCUGUCUCUGAGUCACAGUAGAACCCUGGAGGGUCUAGAGAUUGUCCCCGAUCAUGAAGGGCCCGUCACCAUGGAGAGGUACCACUUCAUCCGCCUCUACCUGCUCAAGGCUUGCGACACCCCCCUCCAUCCGCUGGGACGGCUGUUGGAAACCCUGGUGGCGGUCUACAGGAUGACGUACGUCGGUGUCGGAGCUAACCGUCGCCUCCUGCAGCAGGCCGUCAACGAGAUCAAGUCCUACCUCAACAGAAUUUUCCAGAUUGUCAGAUUUCUGUUCCCAGACCUUCCAGCAGAGGGCGGUGUAAUACCUGAACCAACAGAAGACCUGCAGGACCAGAAGCAGCAGACUCCCUCUGACUCCCCUAUGGAGUCACCUAAACCCAGCCGUGUGGUGAGCAGCUCCGCUCUGCUGCUCCCCGUCCUGCUGCCUCGCCUCUACCCGCCACUCUUCACCCUCUACGCUUUGGAGAAGGAGAAGGAGGACGAUGUGUACUGGGAGUGUGUCCUCCGCCUCAACAAGCAGCCCGACCUGGCUCUGCUCGCCUUCCUGGGCGUCCAACAGAAGUUUUGGCCCGUUUCCUUCCCAUCCUCCCUUUCUUCUUUAGGAGAGACGCAGCAGGUCAUCUCCAGCACUAAAGAUGUCUGCUUUGCCUCUGCGGUGGAAACGCUGCAGCAGAUCAGCACAACGUUCACCCCGUCUGACAAGCUGCAAGUGAUCCAGAUCACCUUCGAGGAGAUCACACAGGAAGUGCAGUCGCUGCUGAAGCAGGACUUCCUGUGGUCCAUGGACGACCUUUUUCCCGUCUUCCUCUACGUUGUUCUGCGUGCUCGGAUCAGGAACCUGGGGUCAGAGGUCAGCCUCAUCGAAGACCUGAUGGAUCCCUGCGUUCAGCACGGAGAGCACGGAAUCAUGUUCACCACCCUGAAGGCGUGCUACUACCAGAUCCAGCAUGAGAAGAUCACAUAGGACCAUGGAGCUUCCUCCUCCUCCGUCCCCUCAGCGCCAGAUGGACCCGGGCUCGGUGAAAUCAGAGGAUCAUGCGCCAACAGCUCUAUUUGCUGUUGUCAUGGAGACUGAUCCGGAGCUAAGAACACUUUACCUUUAUGUAGUCCUGAUGUGGGCGGAGUCAUUAGCUGGUGUCACAUCGUGUGACGCUGGAGUCUAAGUAAACCGGACAUUAAUUUCUGCCAAGAGGAUUUUUUUUAACCUAAAAAGAAAAAAAGAUGUAAUUUUCCUUUCAGACUGACUCGUGUUGUUGCUCUUUACCGCCCCCUGGUGGAGACCUCUGCAGGGAGCUAAAUCUAAUUCCAACGGACUUAAUUUCAGGGUUUUUGUCUGUUUUUAUUUUUUGUUUUUUUGUUUAAUCCUCUUUAGACAACCCCUCAACAAAAAGCAAAUGCAUGAAUGCAUUUCCCCAUGAAAAACAGUUUUAUUCCUUCUUUCCUUUUAAAACGUUUAAAGCUGCCAGGACUGUAACUGAUGCAGUCCUGCGCAAAUGUGAAGUUGUCUUCAUCCUGCAGUCACACCCUCAGUUGCAUCUUCAAAAGGCAAAACCGACUGAAAACUUUGCUCUUUCUCUCAAGAAUUCCUUUUUUCUUUUUUAAUGUGCUCCUGACUUGACUGACUCCAGCUGAAGAAAUAUGAAAACAUUUUCACCUCAAAUGUUCUAAAAGAUUCUCUUUCAUUCGUUCAAAACGUCUCUGGCCCUGUUGGUUGUGAACAUGUUGUUUUAAGACAAUCUGAGCCGUCCCCAGAUUACUAAGUACUGACACCGAUCGUUAGUGAAUGGCACGUCUGAAGAAAGCAUGGCUGCUCCUUUCAGGUGCACUCAAUCAGACUCGACUAGUUGCACCCGGUGAGAACAGCCUACCUCUAUUUGAAGAUUUUAUCGAACAUAAACGGAAAAGAUCUUGUUUCUGUAAUAGAACGAGUUAAAUGUUUAGCUGCGUCGUCGCCAGAUGGGACGCUGCUGCUGCAGGUGGAGGCUUCAAGCUGCACCGUCUGUCAUCAGCAGUGUUUGAUGCGUUUUGUUUACGGAAAACGUCUGCACGGUUUAAAAAACUCCAAAAUGCUGCUGAAGCUAAACUGUUUUCUGGAGUUAAGUCGGCAGUUUUCCCGCACAUGAAGCUCUUUUACGGUUUUGUAAAAGUCUAGGUUGUUUUCUCCUGAGUUUGGACAAUAAACAUGGUGGACUCCAA